UUUAACUCUGCAUUGUUGGGAAAGGACCCAUAAGUAAUCAUUUUGCGGUUAGUUUACACCUGUUGUCUACAAAACAUGUGACAAAUAAAAUUUGAUUUGAUUUUUAAUUACAACAAUUAUCUGGAAGAUUGUCUCAAAUCGGAGUGUGCUCCCGAAACAAAACUCCUGGUCACACAGCAAAAUAUUCAUUUGCAUAUGACCAAAUAGGUUUGACCCAAAAUUAAUCUGUCCUCCUCCCUUUCAGAGAGAGAUGUUGAAGAAAACUAUUUUUAGAUUCCCACAAUGUUCUAUUUUACUAAACGAUCAUCUAAUUUGGAGCUGUCUGACAGCCAGCCUUAGCCUAUAGGCAUUAGUGGUAUUCCAAAGACUGAUAACAUUUUUAUACAAACUAGGUCAGAGUUGUGGUACAGACAAACAGAGCACUGCCUCAGUCUAAUACUUUUUAACUCAACACUGACCUCUUCUGACCAAAUAGUAAUAAGUGAAUUAAUGCAAGCAUCUGAGGUGAAAUUAUUCUUCCAAUUUUCUGGAUUAAUUCUAUCUAUUUCAAAAGGUUUUCCCGAUCAAAUUAAGAACUAGAAUUUAUAAUGAAGUUGAGUCCAGCUUAGAUGUGACUCAUCAUGUCUGUACUUGUUUAUAUGGUUGUUGUCCAUCUCUCAAUGUCUUUCUGUUGAUCUGUCUCUCCCACUUUCCCUCACAGGAUGGUGAGGGACAGAGACAGAGCAGCAGGAAGCCAGGUCCAAGCUUUCUCUGCGUCGUUUAUUCUCCGCCAUCAGCCUGAAUGGGUGGGGAAGCUGGGUAAAGGGCACUCCAGUAGCAUGGAGCAGCUUAGCUUCCAGCCCCGGGGUGUCCCCCCGGCCUUUCCUGCCCCCAGCUCCAGCCCCAGUCCUACACGCCCAGAACCCAGCCAACUGAGGUAAGCCCCGUCGCUCCAGUCCCUACGCAUGGUGAGAGGAGAUUUAGCUUUUGAAUUAUAGGGAAUUACAGCGAUUCUAACCUUGAUUGUAGUCUGAGAGGUUCUGCUUUAUGUUUGUCAAACAGUUUAAUCCAUCAGGAUACUGAGAUCUCAGUUAGUUUGAACAUUGUUGUGACCGUGUACUACAAAUGUAAAUAUUUUUCCUCAUAACUAUACUGUAAAGUGCAUAUUUGGUCAAGGUAUUUGCUGAUACCUUGAAAAAAGUAACACCAUCUUAAAAUGAAUCCAAAUGCAUAUUGUGGAUGGUCGCCUAGGGCUGCUGUCAUGUUCGUUUCUCAUCUCCAGGGGUCACCCUUUAAGCAGCUGAGGAAAUCGUCAUCAGUCCAGAAUGUACAGUCCCCCAAGAAGAAGGGAGAUGGUUCCAGUGCAUACACACCUGGAGAUCAGCCCAGCAGCCCUGCUCUCAGUAAGGGCCUCCAGAUGGUUCUGAGUGUGGAGGAUGUGGGCAGCCCCAGUGGGGUUCGAUCGAUGGGCAGGGAUGUCCAGGCCUUCCCUGACGGUACCCUCCUGCUGGAGCUCAGCAGGCCUCCCAAAGGACCCUUCGGCUUCCUCAUCUCCUGGGGAAAAGGACGACCCGACUCAGGUGUGUAUGUUGAAGAGAUGGGCGACAGCAGCACAGUGAAGAUGUACGGGGGGCUGCUGGGGCUGGGAGACGAGCUGCUGGAGGUGAACUGUGAGAAGGUGGCCGGCCUCAGUCUGGACCUGGUGACACGCCUCUUGACCCAGGAGAACAUAGCCUCUGUCCGCGUGCUCCGACACAGGAGGCUCCCCCCUCCUCGCUACACAACCUGAGGACCGCCGGUCACCGUGGUGACACCAUGGCAACCGGCAAUGCCAUGGAAACCCGCAAUGUAAUGGAAACCAGACACCACAGCAACCACAAACACAAUGGACACCUGGGGUGUUUGGGGUAUGACAGAGGGGCAGUGAGUGAGACCGGCUCAAUGACUGAAUAUGUCUAUGGCCGCUUGCUUUGGUGUGACUUAUAGUGUCUUCUCUCAGAAAUGUUGCGUUAUUCUUCUGAAGACACGACACGAUUGGGUCAUUUUUCUAAGUGGUUCAGAUGGAGUUGCUAUUAGAGCAGAAGCUGUCUCACAUUUCCUCAUGUCCUGUUAUAUAUUUUUCCUAGAGUUCUUUGGCCUUAGGUGCUCCUUACUUUCACUGUUGAAAACAUAACCAGCAGUGCCAAAAUACACAUUAUCAUUACAGGUAAUGCACAAAGCUAUCAGCUGCUUACACAGCAACAAUAGUCUGGUAGGAGAUUCUCUGUUAAAUACCUCACACGAAUCUCCUCCAUUCUAUGCAUCUUGACUGAGGUCAUCUUUAUGCAAUUAAAUC